AUGGCUUCAUCAAUAUUUUUAUGGCAAAAUGCAGCUGCUAGCUCGGAUGACACUUUUGUAUUAUCAACACAUGAUAUUACAAUUCUGGUGGGUGAUGUCGGUGCAUUUAACUUAGAAGUCAGACGACAGUUAGUUCAACCUGUACAGGUGAACUUCUACGCUGAACACAAGAGUCUUCUCAGAAUCAAACCAGCCGAAUUGGAAGUCAGUGAUCCUGGUUCCUAUAAUAUUAGUUUGAAAGGAAUAAAUCCAGGAUUCACUGUUAUAACUUAUAAUGUUAGCCAGAAUAAUGAGAGAAGUUCGAGAGGAGAACAACCGGAUGAUUUUAUCCGGGUGAUUGUGCAGCACUCCACCUCUCUCGGUCUACUGUCCGUUGUGGUCGGAUGGAUAUAUUUUAUUGCCUGGUCGGUUUCAUUUUACCCACAAAUUUACUCGAAUUUUAGAAGAAAGAGUGUUGUUGGACUGAAUUUUGUUGUUGGUUUGAAUCUUAUUGGAUUCUGCCUUUACACAGUAUUCAAUAUCGGGCUUUACUUCGUACCCACGAUUGAACAAGAGUAUUUUGACAGGAAUCCACGUGGUUUAAAUCCUGUUCAAAUAAAUGAUGUCGUAUUUUCAGUACAUGCUGCGCUUGCGACCUUUCUAACAAUAAUUCAAUGUAUUUUUUAUGAGAGAGGAAACCAAAGAGUAUCAAUAAUAGGUUCUAUUCUGAUGGGAACAUGUUUCAUAUUGGUGAUAGUAAGCGGUUCUCUCGCCGCCAGUUAUGUUAUAGAGUGGCUAGACUUUUUAUAUUAUUGUAGUUAUAUAAAAUUAGGUAUUACUUUAGUCAAAUAUAUACCACAGGCAUAUAUGAAUUAUAAAAGAAAGAGCACUGUUGGAUGGAGUAUAGGUAAUAUUUUCUUGGAUUUUGCUGGUGGUUUGACUAGCAUGUUGCAGAUGAUCAUAAAUGCCUACAAUUAUGAUGAUUGGAUUUCAAUAUUUGGUGAUCCUACUAAAUUUGGAUUGGGGCUAUUUUCCGUCAUUUUCGACAUAUUUUUCAUGAUACAGCAUUACGUCCUUUAUAGUUCUACAGAGAAAUCAAAGCCCGAGACAAUCAACACCAUCUGA